AUGCUUGCCAAGUCUGAGAAGCAGAUCACUCCUACGUUCUUGGAGAAGGCGCCGAAGCCUGCCGUGGAGAAGGCGCUGGCGAAGAGGGAGGAGUACGGACAGCAGAAGGCAGCCCUGCUCGUCCAGCUCGAGGACCUGCAGAGCAGCGAAAAGCAGUCCACCAGGACCGAGAGAGGCCCUCAGCCUGGCGUUGGCGGUCUUCGGCCUGGCACCCCGACCCGCCCAGGAGGAGAAGAAGGCCGACGUGCCCGAAGAAGUGGAGAAGAAGGAGAUAGACCCGGAGCUGAAGGGGCCGCAGGUCCAGCUCCCCCAGGGCGCGAGGCAAGAAGACAGGAUAAGAAAAGGUCUCACCAAAUGGAAAGAGGAAAUCGAGAAGAUCAAGGCAGGGAAUCUGAGCGAGGAUGA